AUGAACCCUAUUCGAAAUAUUCAACAACAACAGCAACGACGAUGGCAACAGACGUCCUUACCACCUAAACCGGCCAUGACGAGCAAUCCCACUCUUGCAGCAUUCCAAGUUGUCGGCAAACAAGUCCGAGUAACGAUGAAAUACACUGCGCUGACAGCGAUCUCGCUUGCGCUAGCAACAGCCAUUACAUGGCAAUCCUACCAUUUAUACAUUGAGCACUAUUGCGAGCCCACACCUACAGAAUUAUCGUAUCGUGCACGCAAUUUACUUCAUGGCGCGUAUGUUCGAGAACAUGUAUCGCCCGAUUACGCCGUGGCAGCGAAAUACGUGCGUCAGGUCCUUGCGCUUGCGCUUGACGAUCCGGCACUCGACGAAUCGACGUCCGAGAUCAUCCAUCAGUUACGAUUGCGAUUGGCCGACAAUGAGAAUCGCGCUGGUCAUGUUUUGGAAGCCAUUACAGAAUACACGCGUGCCUAUAAGUUCCGGCCCUCGGUAUUUGUUGCCAAAAAAUUAGGCGAUCUGUAUUUGCGUAUUGGCGAUCAGCAACAAGCUGAACGAUUCUUGACGUGGGCGUUUAAGAAUGUGCAAGAUGAACAACAACAAGAAGAUCAGGAGUUGCGGAUAACGACACUUUGUUCUUUGGCCAGUCUGUAUGCGACUCAGCGACACUAUGAGCUGGCUCUCCCGUUGUUGCUGCAAGCAUUGAAAUCAAUGCCGCAGGACGAUUGGGUUUGUCACAAGGGUAUCAUACAAAACCAAUUAUGUGAGGUCAUGUAUGGUAUGGGCAAGACGGAGGAAGCACUUGGUUGGGCGCAGGCAUCGCUCGAGUCGUGUAGUCAAAAGGAAGAUCAAGAUUGUCGAGAAUGCGGUGGUGUUGUUUCCAAUAACCUGGGUCGACUCCUCGAGAUUAAAGGAGAUUUCGACAAGGCAUUGACACAUUACAAGCAGGCGGUAUCGUAUGCUACUGCAUCCAACGAUAGUAUGGGGCAGGAACACUACGAAAUGAACGUUCAACGACUCAACGAACAACUUUCCCAAAAAGAACAUCAAGGUGCUACGACUUUGAGUGCGGUUACCUCGGCCAUUGAACCAUCACCAAAACCACUCAAGAAGGAUGAUGCUGCUGCAAGCGCAUGGCUCGGCGGUUUAUUUGGCAAAAAGUGA